GUUUUAAUCUUUAUGCCAAUGGAUGACAUUGAAAUUCCUCAAUAUUUCAUCUGCCCCAUAUCGCUACAAAUCAUGAAAGAUCCUGUUACGGCUGUUACAGGCAUUACUUACGACAGAGAGAGCAUAGAGAAAUGGCUGAAGACGUCCAAGGACAUCACUUGCCCUGUAACAAGGCAGGUUUUGCCGUCCGGUUCUGAUUUAACGCCAAACCACACACUCCGGCGGUUGAUUCAGGCUUGGUGUACGAUGAAUGAUGGCGACGGUGGUGUCGAUAAGGUUCCGACGAUGACGAAAUCUCCUCUCUGUAAGACUCUUCUUAAAUUAAUUCGUGAAUUCGAGGUUCCUGGUUUGUAUGUAAAUGCUUUGAACAAAUUGGAAGUCUUGGCAAAGGACAUUGAAAGGAACAAGAAGUCUAUAGAGGAAGCUGGAGUUGCCAAAGCUUUGAUUUUGUUGCUGAUAAAAUGUUACAAAGAGAACAAAACCGUGGGUGCUGAACAAGCUCUGAGGAUUCUGUGUAAAAUUUGGACACCAUGCAGUGAAAUCAACGAUCUUUUGAACGAAAAUCACCAGUUCAUCAACUGUUUAACAUGGAUUCUAGAGAUCGAGAUUGAAAAUCACGUCGUUAUCAAGACACUCGCAAUGCAGGCAGUAAAACGAGUGAUAGAGGCUGCGAACACGAGGUUGUUGGAAAAAUUGAAACCUGAAUUCGUUAAGCAAAUGCUAAGAGUACUGAAACUGAAAAUUUCUCAACAAGCGACCAAAUCCGCAUUGCAGAACUUGAUCCAGAUAUGCCUUUUGGGAAGAAAUAAAUCGAAACUCGUCGAGGCCAAUACGAUCUUCGAGCUCAUCGAAUUAGAACUCGAGAAUCCUGAAAAGAACAUAUCGGAACUGAUCUUCAACCUAUUGGCACAUCUAUGUUCAUGUGCCAAAGGUAGAGCCGAGUUUCUUCGGCAUGCCGGAAGCAUAGCAAUGGUGGCUAAAAGGAUCCUAAGAGUUUUGCCGGCGACUGACGAUCAAGCGGUUUGCAUACUUUCAUUCAUAUCGAAAAAUGCAGCAACGAAAGAAGUGCUUUUGGAGAUGUUGAGGGUUGGGGCAGUGACAAAGCUUUGCAUGGUGAAUCAAGCAGAUUGUCCAACGUAUCUGAAACAGAAAGCCAGAGGAGUACUUAGAUUGCACUCUAAUUUGUGGAGUGAUUCUCCCUGUAUUGCUGUUUAUCUCUCAACCAGGUACCCAAGGUAACCUUGGUGUCAAAUAUAUAAAAAUUACUGUAGU